UUAACUGGAGCGCUGAGCAGGUAACACAAACUUAAGCUUAGGCCACCCUAAAGUGACUUGUAGAAACUACCUCUAUCCAUAGUGCAAUUGAUUACCUAAAUCACUUUGGGAAUUCUCCAAUCUGAUAUCAAACUUCGCUUACCCAUACAUAUCCCCACACGAUCAUAACGGAAGCAAACCAGGAUAAUUCGCAAUCUGCUUCCUCGAUUGGAGAGCAGUCAUACGAGGAGACUUCACAUGUUACACCACAAGCUAUUUACUAUCUAAUAAUAGCUACAUCGCGCCUAAUGUCCAACCGAUACGCGCGCCCUCUGCUUCGCUGCGCUAGGGUAGCUUCCUCAAGCAAGAUCCAUGGAACGGCACGCAUUUGCGUACAGGACUUCUUAUAUCAGAGGCAGCGAGAUUUCUCUAGCUCAAUAGCUAUGGCGACAUCUCCGCAAGCUAAUGCGCCCCGGUUCUCCGCUGGCGUCGAUGAGCCGGUCUUGAUGCGGGCUCUGGAACCUCUGCUGGCAUCAGCAAGUCGCGGCGGCCGGUGGGAGCUAAUUCCCGGCGGCGAAGGUAUCGAAAGGAGCUUUAGGUUCAAGACGUUUGCGAAGACGUGGGACUUCAUGACUGCAGUGUCACUGCAAUGCAAGCUAAAGAAUCAUCAUCCAGAAUGGUCCAACGUGUAUAAUACGACAUAUAUUCGGUGGACGACCCAUAACCCGAAAGGCCUUUCUACUAAGGACGUCGAGCUGGCUGCCAUCUGCGACGGUCUUGCGAAAGACUUCGGUGAGAUUAUUGAGGAGGCUAGUGGCGGUGAUGACAAUUGUGUGCUAAAGCAGGUGGCUGACCGCGCGGUCACUAAUGCUGGCGACUGCUGCACACCUAAAAAAUAGAGGGCUCAAGAGGUCAUACGCAUUUAAACAUCAGGCCAUAUCGAAUACGUGCUCGAAGUUUAUCCCGAUCUAUAUGAUGAUGAUCAACCUAAGGCUGACCAUUUCAAGCUGACCAAACGUGUAUAGUGUAUAUACUUGAAACUUACGCUAGAUCGUCUAUGAUACCUCAGCACUCAAAACUUAGUUUACGAACAUGAUCAUCACAAGCGUACAUUCACACUCAUAGGGCAAACUCGGAA